AUGCCCUCAUGGGGAAGACCACCGGGGGCACGAACGGGGAGAUAUACUAGGGGACGCGCGGCUUGGGGGAAGACACGACUGGAGGAGGUAGAUAGCGAGGAGGAAGAAUACGGGCGGGAGCUGGUGCGGAGCAGUCGAUACAGGCAGGAAUAUGGAGGGCGAGGGCUGCGGAGACGGCCGGUGGAAUAUGUGGACCUGACAGAUGAAUCUGAAUUGGUUGAUGGGGGUGAAUACGAUUUAUACGACCAUGAGGAUAGCACAGUGGCCUAUGCGAUUCAACUGGCCAUGCAAGACAAGGAAGAUCAACUGGUGGACACAGCGCUCGAGCGAAUUCGCCGCGCCCAAGUUCUGGGAAAGAAGAACGUUCGGCUGUCAAAACGCGAACUGGAUGCCCUGGAGCGCAAGCGCCAGCAGACGGAUGGCUUGAGCGGAAGCCGGCGCCCUUCGGUCAAUUCUGUUAAGGUGACGUCGCGCCCAUCGUCCCGACGGAGUGCAGUUGUUGCACCAGAGCAGUCCGGCCCGUAUCCGACCUAUACGCCGGAUGCACAUAGCACCUGGGCUCGUGGGACAGCGGCUGCGAAUAGCCAGCCGUCCAGCUCAUCUUCUGCUCCCCGUCCCCGGACUCCAACAACACAAUCUCUUCGCUCCCAGCCAUCCAAUUCACCUCUUCGACCUACCUACACACCAUACACCCCCGAGCGCUUUGCCCCCCAUGGCCGACCACAGUCGAUGCAACAAGCGCCUGUGUUCCAACGGCCACUGCCAGACGAUCCUCAAUGGGUCCCACCCUACUACGACACAAUGCAGAUGAGCUCAUAUGGAGAACCCGUGCCAUACCACGCGGUUCCCCUUGGACAACAGAAUCGAAUGAGUUACCCUUCGACCACCCCGUACCCAUCUCAUCAAUCUCCAUCUCCGGGCCAACUUCCACCGCAAGCCACCCCGCCGACCCAGGGCAACCUAGCGCCAGCUCUUGUUCCAUCCAAGUUGGGGCCUGUGAAAUCCAGUGAAGAAUCGGAGGGCAGCGACGAGGAUGAAGUGCAGAUUGUUAAGGUGGCUAAGGUGGCUGAGCGCAAGGCCCCGUCCGUUGCAGUUGCGCAGAGGCGACCCGUUACUGGAACCACACGUAAACGGACCAGUCGAUGA